AUGGGAUAUAACCCGUUCGACCCAACAGCUGGCGCAAAGGUCAAUGUGCUAUGCGUCCCAGCCGGUCCAGUCACACCCGAUCGCUUUCAGAAGUUCCUGAAGUCAUUACAGAAUGCAGCGAUAGUGAAGCUUAAACUGGUCGAACCUUCACAGUCCGCCGAAGAUGACUCCACCGAGACCGGGCGCGAAGAUGGCUCAAUCCUGUACGAUAUCUCUGCAGGCCAGGAUCUUCGACGGUCACCGAUAUUUCCAUUCGAGACCAACAGUCGGUGCCAGAUUCUACUAGGAAUUAUCGAUGGCGAAAGGGUUGAGGAUGCACCUCAAUCGGGCUCCAAUGCUGAUGGGGUCGAGCCGAAUGAGCCUAUGUCCUCGAUCCAAUUCAUCGAGGAGGACUUUCUCCAACAGACAGCUUCGAGUCCUGGCCUUCUAAUUCGUCAACUGAUCUGGUGCGGCCAGAAAGUGCCUUCUUCUCCAGACUCUCAAAACUCUGAUAUACUCUUUUUGCCAGACAGUGGCAGCAAGGGAGCCGCGAGCGAUCUUAUGGUCAAACUCUCGAAGCGAUUCAUAGUAGGUGUCUCAAAAGCAACCGAAGACUUGCAGGAACAGCCCAUCAGUAUGGUGCCCGGCGGUAAGAGUGACCCUCCACCAAGAAGUAGGGACACACCGAACCUCGGACAACGUAGCUCCACCCCUGUAUCAGCACAUUCUUCUGCCUCGAGUCCCACACCCAAAGACAAUGGGGUCCGGAGCGAUACCUCAAUGGGACGCUUCAAUGUCGUUCGAGGCAUGUUCCAGAUGCAAAGUGGGAUGUGGAGCGACGCAAUAACUUCGCUCUCAGAAGGAGCAUCCACUGCAGGGGAUGGACGCGAUCAUUUGUGGCACGGUAAAGCUUUGGAGUCUCUUCUCAUAUGCAUGAUACUACUGUCAUGGUCGGACUUGCCCUUCACUAUUCCUCCAGUUUGUCGCUCUCUACCUAAUAGGAGGGACGUCCUACAGGCAGGAUCGAGUCGAAACCCUGCAGAACUAAGAAAGACACUGGCUCAACUGCUGCCACCGAUGGUUGAGACCAUCCUCGAACUCUAUACUAGAGUCUCAAACUUGGAUUUAGGAGGCUCUUUGCAGGACAUCUUGCGGGAAUCGCGGGUGAGGCUCGUAAACUUGCUCGCCUGUGUGAAGGGCACUAGAGGCGUUUUGAGCAAGCACUACCUGAACCAAAUUGUUCUGGGACAUGCCGAGGUUCCAGGAGACCCAGACUCGCUCGAUGGAGAGCCGGUUGCGACUUCGAAGGCCGGCUUAGCGAACAUACUAAUCGACACACUUCAGGCAUCUCAGGCAAGCAAUGACAUAGGACAUUACACAAGCAUACUGGUCGCGGUUUCAAGCAGUCUUUCGACUUUGGGCCUAGAUCGCAAGCAUGCAUUCUACCUCAAGAUGUUGAUGCAGCAAUUCGUUUACAAAGUGAUCGAGGCAAGAAAGAUUGGCGCAUCGGAAGUUGGCGUCCACCCUGCAGCUGGACUGCCACCUGUCAGUCUCUCCAAUGGAGUUCUUCCUGAGAUGGCUCAUGGGACGAGAGUUAUCCUAAGUCUCGCCGCCGCUGCGUAUGGCUCUCCUCUACCUGCUGUGCCACCACCCCAACAACAAACGAUAUCAGCGGACAUGCAUGAUGUGCAGGACAAGCUCCGCAUAUGGGCGUCCGACCAUGCUUCAGGCGACGUCUUCCUCAAGUUGGAGAUGUUACGGGCAUGUGUAAGCGUAUGUGAAGCACUGCCUGAUGUUCCAGCUGGUCUCCAUUUCAGCUCUCACAUCCUUCGUGGAGCAAAGCAAGCUGUCACCAUGCCGCUUCAACAGCCUGACACAGCUGUGCCGCUCAUUACCGCAGAUGAGCAGGCUCGAUUGAUAGAAAGCAUGAAGCGCGCGGUGUCAGCGGCUUCACGUCUCGGCGCAGAAGGCUACCGCGCUACAUAUUGGGACGACUUUCUUGUCCGCGACGUCUUCGUCUUCGAGCGCGAUUCUUUUGCCAAACUCAUUGCUCAUAAGCCUAGCGAUCUCUCGAAGCGCGGCACCGGCAUAGCGGAGACCAUUCGGGAUCCCUUCAUUUUCAACCCAUUCUCGACAGUGAAGUCGGUCGUUGCUGCACCUGUACUGGUGGCGGAGGAAAAGGCUACAUUUGCAGUCCUACUUCAAAAUCCGCUGGAGAUUGAAGUCGAAAUUGACCAGAUCCAAGUGAUCACCAAAGGCUGUGGCUUCACUCCUUCCCAGCACAGUGUCGUCUUGGGCCCUUUGUCCGUGCAGACUUUCACGUUGUCAGGGACGCCAACGGGAAGUGGUGACCUGGAAAUCAUAGGCUGUAGAGCCAGCAUCCGGGACUGUUACACACAGGACUUCUUCGUUUUCAAGGAGGACUGGCAAGUUCCAUCACCACCGAAGCAGAACGCUGUCAGCAGGAGAAAGAUCAAAACGAAGGGCUUGACAGGUUCUGAAGAGAGCGACUCGAAACCGGUCGAGCUCGAUCUGAAGAUACCCGUCUCUACGUCUUUGAAGCUCAAGGUCAUUGACCCUCAACCACGAUUGACCAUUAAGCUAAGAACCUUACAAUCUCCGGCGAUCAUGCUGCUUGAGGGCGAGCGGCGUGUCUUCGAGGUAGAUCUGGUCAAUGAAAGCAGCACUGUCGCAGCAGAUUUCGUGCUCGUUACGACUGAAGACUCCGUGACGACGAGACUUCAAGAAGCCCUAACGAACAAAGACUUGAACCCAGCAGAUCUGUAUGAGUUCCAAAACCAGCUCGCGGCCAGUCCAGCUAUAGAAGUCCACGAUCAAGGUCGCCCAGAGUCGGACAGUGUGCUCAGACCGGGCGCAACGACCGGGUACAAAGUGACGGUUGUUGGUAGACCAGGUCUCGUCAAUGCCGCUGUGCUGGCUGAUUACGCAUACCUUGGUUCAACGUCAUCGGAAGUCAAAGGAACCUUCUACACACGACAAGUGCGAUUUCCGAUCACGGUCACUGUGAAUGGGAGCAUCGAGAUACUGCGCUGCAACACUCUGCCACUCCACAGUGACUUUGUCUGGAACCCUGACUCCAACGGCCACACAGAAACCCGGGACAGCGAUGGUUCACGCCUUUCUCAUUGGCUCCAAGUGCGCCCCAAUGCCGGCAAUUAUUGCAUGCUAUCUCUGGAUCUGCGCAACGUGUGGCCGCAACCUCUGAGCAUCAACAUCCAAGCUCGAAAACCCGCAGAAGACGUUUGGGACGAUACCUUUUCUGUCCAUGAAACCCUGCAACCCGGACAUGUCACCCGUGUGGUCCUGCUGAUACCCCGUCUAUUCGUCCAGAACCCUUAUGCAAGUAUACCGAACCUCGACACACAGAAACAGUUUGUGGUCACGAACUCAAAGUUGAGUGCGGAAGCCGAAGCAGCGAGUCGCGAGUCGUUUUGGUACCGCGAAGAGCUACUAAAAUGUUUGCGUGGGACGUGGAAAGAAGCAACGUCAGACAGACAUGGGGAGAUCGAUCUGAGGAAGGGAUUCAGACUCAGCCCGAGAAUGAUUGACGCGCUGAAGAUUGACCAUGUUGAGAUCGAGUACAGUCUCGCCCCCGUCGAAGGCGGUGAUGAGGCUGUGAAACAGAUUGGACACUCUCAUUUCGUUGUCAAGCCUGAAGUGUUCGCGGCGCUGUCGGUCAGAGUCCGCAACCGCACUGAGGAUACACUCGGACUGAUCCUUCGUCUUCAGCCCGCUCUGCGUCAUCAACCGCACAACAUAGCUCUAGACCUGUCGAGGCGAUUUGCCUGGUCCGGCGUUCUUCAGCGCGCGUUGCAUCCGGCUAUUGAGCCCGGUGGUGUCUAUGUUGCUGAGCUCGGUAUCAUUGCUCUCGUGCAGGGUGAUUAUGAGGUCAACGCCUCGGUCGAGGAGAUCAAGGGGCGCCGAUUGCACGCCACCAGUAAAACAGCAGAUCCUGUUGGUGCAAGUAGUGAUAGGAGGAUCUGGCAUGCAAGGUCCCCGUGCCUGAUUGACGCCCUAGAAGGCUGA